AAGUUGAAUGGUCUUCUUACCAUGUUUUUACAGCGUGUAUCACUUGCACUUCAACACAUGCAUCAAACGUAGGAUGGCCGCACCUCCAAGGCCUUUCAUACUCACGUUCAUUACGGAAGCCAAGGAGACCGCGUGUGCAAACACCAGGAUGUCGUCGACCGUAACUUGAAUGUUUCUCAUAUACAAUGGAGUCGGGCAUGUGCUGAAGGCGGGCGUGCAGGACUAACAUGUUCCGUAGGCAUCUGAGUGUGGUCGAGGCAGAGGGGAUACUUGAAGCAGGCGGCGAUAUAACCCUUAUACGAAACAGCGGUCUAUGUCAGCUGCGCCGCCAUGAACACACAGUCUAUUCCGCCGUUGCCACAGCCAAACAAUGGUGUCGGCGACUUGUCCUAUGUUGUCCAAUCGGUUAAUCUUUCAUUUUUAGCUGUCAUCGACCACCUCAGCAGCGACGCUUUAAGACUCACAUUACAGGAUCAUACAAACGUACAAAAUGAGUGGCAUAAGUGUCAUACGACAUUUACUCGUCUGCUGUGGAGAUCGCGAGUCAUCUCUGAGGAUAUUUCGAACGCUGCAGAAGAAUUUGUCGAGAAUAUCUCGGGAACUUUGCCACAUACCCGUUUAGACUUCUCUGAGGUCCAACGUCAUAGCUCAAAAUAUAGGAAGAACGUGGAUCGAUCUCAAAAUAAGGCGAAACGAAUUGUAGAUGGCUUUUUCGCCCUGUCAAUAAGAGUGGAGUCCUUCGGCCAAUCUCUCGAAAACAAGCGAAAUCCGGCCCCCUUCCGAAGACUUUUAACAUAUUUCAAACAUGGGGAUAUACUCCGUAUGGCAGAUCUUCUGUCUGAGAUACAACAAGAGAUCGCGUCUAUUAAGAACUCAUUGCGUAGACUAGCGAUAUCCGGAAUGGACAGUUCGUUGGCUGGCACCAUAGCCCUUAAUAUUCAGAAUGAGCAAGCAGGAAGGCACAAUGCGCACGGUCAUUCGCGUCAGACGUGGAUAAGCAUAGAUCUAUCCAUUGCCGAAGUACAAACAAGGACGGCCUGCAUGAACGAGAAAGUAAUGACUUUGGUCUCACUGUGGCUGACUGUGGCAGCUGAGCUCCACUCUGUCAAGAAUGAAUUGGACUUUGUUGAGCAAAGCCCUAACGAAUGGUACAUGUCCCAAGCAUUUGCUGCACGUCUGCGACUCGCGCGCGAACUCUACAUUACAACUGGCGAACUUUCUCAUGAAGCUUACAUCGCCGCUGGAUGCCAGCAGUCUAUACUUAAGGUGGAGUAAGUUUAACGGGUUGACCACCGGAACGUGUUCCAGCGUUAGCAAUUUAGCACUGGUGGCUACAGAGUGCAGUGAGGUGGCGCUUUUGUAUUGUAUAGGUCGCCCUGAACUUUAUUUUAACAGUCGCACACGUUUAUCGCAUGUAGGCUGGCCAUAGAGUGGAAUACGGAAUGCCGGGGGUAGAGGUCUGAUUUGCAAUCGUAGCGGCUCUGAAUGGAUGCACGCCGCUUACAUGAGGGGGAAAGAAUAUGGUUCCUAUCCAUCCCGGUAGUGUGAAAAUGAUGAGGCCCAGAUAGCAAGGCGCUGUCAAUUCUAUCAAUCCGAUGGUACGGGCUGCGGUUGUCCUCUGACCUGU